UGAAGCGUGAAGAGACACUGGACUGGAAUCAUAUGCAUCGUACUCAUCCACAUUACCUUGCUUGGCCACCCUUAUGUAGAACAUACUACUACUAGGGUCUUCCCCGUCUCUCAGUUGUUUUGCGGACCUUCUUCGACAAUCACUAUAAACAUGGGACACUUAACCUGCCUUUCUCUCUUGGUGGGAGCUUUGGCAUUUCUUGACUGGACCCGGGCUCAAGAUGUAGAGGAAGUCUUGUCCUUGGGCUCGGACUUCUCGUGCACAGGGCGUGUAUACGGGUACUAUGCAGAUCCCAGGGCAGACUGUCAAGUCUUUCACAUUUGCUUGGGUCGUCGUGACGUCAAAUGGAGCUUCAUGUGUCCAAAUGGAACCAUUUUUAAUCAGCAACACUUUGUCUGUGAUUUUGCCCUGAACGUGGAUUGCAAUGUGACAGAAGAGUUCUACAACUUGAACGAGUUGUUCCAGUAUCCCGUCCCCGAAGUCAAUUCGACCGAGUCUAACAACGUACGGGACCAAGCCUCCUCACUAAGCGAUCUUAAAAUUCUGCCGCAUCAUGACACUUCCCUUGAAGCACCAACGAGUAAUGCCCGAGGGUCCAAUACCCGCAAAUCUGUCAGUCAAUUGGCUAGCAUUACUUUGAGGCCCAAUCAACUCCCUGUUACCGCUGAAGAGCCACGCCAAGCCACCUCGGUCACGGACCGCAUUGACAAUGUGAAGUCUACUCGACUCACUUCCAACAAACCAACCAUUUUAGCGCCCCUGGGAUCAACAGUUUCUUUGGUGAUCAACUCACUUGAUAGGUCACGCACAACCACGCUGGGGACCACUCAAACUCCAUAAAGUGUUCACCAGGAUCUAGAGUCAUUUUUAUUCUCACGCUCUAGAUGUAUUUAUUGGGCAUUGGACUACGCCACGGAUCUCGGGAAAAGAAAUAAAUGCAACACGAAUUUUAUUUUUGGGGGCUGGGAUGCCCAUAAUG